GAAAGCAAACUGCUGUAAACACAGGGCGGCUGCGCCUUAGGAAGGACAAUAAGCUGGACGCGGAGUCAAUGCCCUAACAAUGGAUGUAGCCGAUAUGGUUAUAAUCAAAUUGAUCUGUCUGCUGUGCUUCAUUAAAACUAAUCAAGGUUACUACGGCAACCCACUGAACAAGUACAUCCAGCACUAUGAGGGGCUGUCCUACGACACGGAAGAGGUCCACGAGCGACACCAGCGGGCCAGGAGGGCUUUGGACCACGAGGACCGGGUCCUCAACCUCGACUUCCACGCACACGGAAGGCAUUUUAACCUGCGCAUGAAGAGGGACACCAGGCUCUUCUCCCAGGACUUCAAGGUGGAGAUGUCUGGAGAGGAGAUGGACUACGACACCUCGCACAUCUACACAGGGGAGAUCUAUGGUGAGGAAGGCAGCCUGAGUCACGGCUCUGUCGUGGACGGGAAGUUCGAGGGCUUCAUCGCCACCCACCGCGGAACCUUCUACGUGGAACCUGUGGAGCGCCACCUGCAGGACAAGAACGUCCCCUUCCACUCCGUCAUCUACCACGAGGACGACAUCAAUUACCCCCAUAAGUACGGCCCUCAGGGCGGCUGUGCCGACCACAACGUGUUUGACAGGAUGAAGAAGUUCCAGAACUCUGGGGUAGAUGAGCCCACCAACGAGCAUAAUGAGCUGCUGGAGGCGGAGCCGGGGGAGGGGCCAGUGCUGCUGAGGAAGAGGAGGAUGGCCCAGCCGGAGAAGAACACCUGCCAGCUCUUCAUCCAGACAGACCACCUCUUCUACAAGUACUACAAGACCAGGGAGGCCGUUAUCGCACAGGCAAGCACACACACAAAGGCCAUUGAUGCCAUCUACCAGGGCACCGACUUCAUGGGCAUCCGCAACAUCAGCUUCAUGGUCAAGAGGAUACGGAUCAACACCACGAGCGAUGAGCGUGACAAGUCCAACCCUUUCCGCUUCGCCAACAUCGGCGUGGAGAAGUUCCUCGAGCUGAACUCGGAGCAGAACCACGACGACUACUGCCUGGCCUACGUCUUCACCGACCGAGACUUCGACGACGGCGUCCUCGGCCUGGCCUGGGUUGGAGCUCCCUCAGGCAGCUCGGGUGGCAUCUGUGAGAAGAGUAAGCUGUACUCUGACGGGAAGAAGAAGUCUCUGAACACGGGCAUCAUCACGGUGCAGAACUACGCGUCCCACGUGCCCCCCAAGGUCUCCCACAUCACCUUCGCCCACGAGGUCGGGCACAACUUCGGCUCGCCGCAUGACUCGGGGUCGGAGUGCACCCCGGGGGAGUCCAAGAGCCAGGAGAAGAAGGAGAAGGGCAACUACAUCAUGUACGCGCGCGCCACCUCCGGAGACAAGUUCAACAACAACAAGUUCUCCGAGUGCAGCGUGCGCAACAUCAGCCAGGUCCUGGACAAGAAGAGGGGCAACUGCUUCGUGGAGUCUGGCCAGCCCAUCUGUGGAAACGGCCUGGUUGAGCCAGGCGAGGAGUGUGACUGUGGCUACAGUGACCAGUGCCGUGACCAGUGUUGCUAUGACGCCAACCAGCCCGACAACAAGAAGUGCAAACUGAAGGCCAACAGAGUCUGCAGUCCUAGCCAGGGUCCGUGCUGCACCCCAGAGUGUGCGUAUAAGGGCCGUAACGAUAAGUGCCGUGAGGAGUCGGAGUGUGCGCACCAGGGCAUGUGCAACGGCGUCAGCGCCCAGUGCCCCACCUCCGAACCCAAGGCCAACUUCACCGCCUGCCACGGGGAGACGCAGGUCUGCCUCAACGGGGGCUGUUCCGGCUCCAUCUGUGAGAAGUACGGGCUGGAGGUGUGCACCUGUGCCAGCGUGGAAGGCAAAGACGAGACCGAGCUGUGUCAUGUGUGCUGCAUGGAGAAGAUGAACCCCAGCACGUGCAGCAGCACCGGCUCCGACCGCUGGAUCCGCUUCUUCAGCCGCAAGGUCACGACCCUGCAGGCCGGAUCGCCCUGCAACGACUUCAAGGGCUACUGCGACGUCUUCAUGAAGUGCCGCUUAGUGGACGCAGACGGACCCCUCGCUCGCCUCAAGAAGGCCAUCUUCAACCCCGAGCUCUACGAGAACAUCGCCGAGUGGAUAGUGGCGUACUGGUGGGCCGUUCUGCUGAUGGGCAUUGCGUUGAUCAUGCUGAUGGCCGGUUUCAUCAAGAUCUGCAGCGUUCACACUCCCAGCAGCAACCCCAAACUGCCCCCACCAAAACCACUGCCCGGUACGCUGAAGCGGCGUCGAGCGCAGCAUGCCAGCCAGCAGCAGCAGCAGCAGCAGCACGCCCACCAGAACCAACACGGGCACCAGAACCAGCACGGGCAUCAGAACCAACACCCCCGGCAACAGAACCCGCGGCAGCCGCACGCCCACGCCCAGCGGCACCACCGCCAGCCGCGCGAGAACUACCAGAUGGGACAGAUGCGUCGCUGACCCCCCCGCCACCGCCGACCUCCGACCUCCGACCCCCCCCCCCCCCCACACACACACACACACCCCUCCUAGUGCCUGCAGUACAGGGGGAUGGACUUUCACUUCUCCAAAGAGCCACCACGUACCCACACACACACACAUUCCCAGUAGCCACACACACACACACACACACACACACACUCCUAAACGCACACUGGACAAGAGAAAUGACAAAUCCUGGGCUUACACUAGAGCCAAUCAUUCUGCUUCCUACACACACACACACACACACACACACACACACACACACACACACACACACACCCAGACAGUCAUGAGUUUAGAGGGGAUGGGGCCUGAUGCUGAUGGUAUGUGCAUCGUGCCGUUCUGAAGGAUGUCUUAUAUCUCUUCUGUCUCCUCUCCCGCACUCUUAUAUAUCUUCUGUUUCCUCUCCCGCACUCUCCUCUCACUCGCAACGCUCUCCUAAUGGCCUCUGUGAGAUGAGCUAGAGGUGUGUGUGUGUGUGUGUGUGUGUGUGUGUGUGUGUGUGUGUGUGUGUGUGUGUGUGUGUGUGCUAAAUGGGACCAUGUCUAGAACAGCACCUCAGCUGUGUGGAGUGAGAUGGGCUGUUCUGUCUCUUAAUCGUGUCGUCAGAUUCCCUCACCUUUCUCCAGAUCCAGCUCUCCUCAGGCCUCACCUGAGAGUGUUCAUACCUCUCUCUUCCUCACUCUUCUCCUCCUCCUCUUCUCCUCUCUUCCUCACUCCCCUUUUCCUUUUCUCUCUCCUCACUCCUCCUCUUUAGACCUCUCCUCCUCAGUUCUCUGCUCCCCCCUCCCUUCUGCUCUCCUCUCCUCUGCUCUCUUCAUCCCCCCCUCCCUUCUGCUCUCCUCUCCUCUGCUCUCUUCAUCCCCCCUCCCUUCUGCUCUCUUCAUCCCCUCUCCUCCUCUCUCUUCUCCUCCUCUCUUUUCUCCCUCUGUCUUUCUCCUCUUUCUUUGCUUCUUUCUAUCCUCCUCUUUAUUUCUAGUGUGCUUUGCUUUGUCUAAGCUGCAGAAGACGCCUUGUGUGUCCCUUAGCAGAAUCUUGGGGACUGUACAGAUGAAUGACUGUAAAGAAUUGUAUAUUACGUGAGAGCAAAACUUAUUUCUUCUACUGUCGAAAGAAAUUACUCGCAGUUGUGAUCAAACAUUCUCAGGAUUUGAAAACAUUACACUAUGGAGAUAUUGUUUAACUCUUGGAUGCAGAAGUCGAUCAGCUGAAGGGAUCGAUCAAUCAAUCAGUAAGUUGAUCAAUCAAAUGAAGGGGCCGUGGUGGUGGGCUGUUGCCGUGGCCACCAUGGUGGUGGGCUGUUGUCCGUGUGUAAGCGUAUCCAUGGGGAUGCUCCCCUCACGUCGUUAGGGCCUCUCUAGCUGCUCUCUGCAGCCACACCCACACCCACAAAGGUCAAAGGUCGCCUCUCUGAGCCGCCGAGCUGGUCUUGUUCCCCUCACUUCUCUGUCUGUUUUUCUUGUAGCUGUUGUGCCAGUGGGUGCAUGAACGAGGACUCUUCAACUGAGGAGGAAACGACUGAUGAAGUAGCUUUUAAUGAACAUGCUUUUUUCCCUUAUUCUUUUCGUUGGUAAUCUCAUUUGCAUUUUAAAAUGAUUGCUUAUUAUGAGAACGUUGAUUAAGAACCACUAACUAUAGCGUCUAGAUGUUUGAGUGGCAUUGAGAGCUAGAUCUAAACACUAAACACUUGUGAUGUUUGAGAUGAGAAACAAAACCACAUGUACUCACUGCCUGUCUAAUCGCCUGUUGCCAUAGCGCUCUUUGAAAAGCAUCGUCUGUAGCGAGCACCCUGCCCCAGUGAAGACACACACACACACACACACACACACACACACACACACGCACGCACGCACACACCAAAGGCAGGGUCUGAUCUGCCCCAUACACACACCAGAGCAUCACCCUGCCGCCUACACACACACACACACACACACACCUGCGCGCCAAACCACCCCUCCACUACGGCACACCCUGCUGCUAAGGGGUGGGCCUCAAUCACUCAAGCAUCCCCACCACCUGCUCAUCGGGACACGCCUGAUUGGUUCCUUACACCAUGAGCAUCAUCAUCGGGACACGCCUGAUUGGUUCCUUACACCAUGAGCAUCAUCAUCGGGACACGUCUGAUCGGUUCUUUACACCACCUGCUCAUCGGGACACGCCUGAUUGGUUCAUUACACCAUGAGCAUCAUCAUCGGGACACGCCUGAUUGGUUCAUUACACCAUGAGCAUCAUCAUCGGGAUGCCUCUGAUUGGCUGUGGUGGCAGCGAGGGGCGGGGUGUAGCGCUUCCUGCACCAGAGCAGCCUGGUGGAGGCGCUGCUGAGGUUUCCAUGGCAACAGAGAGAUGGACUCUGUCAGAAACCCAGCAUUCCAUUUUUCACAUGAAGGGUUUUUUGUUUGUUUGUUUGUUUGUUUGUUUUGGAUAUUGUAGUCCAUAAAAAUGACAGAGACUGAACUCCAUUUUGUCAGCCAUUGCUGUGAGGUCAUCACAGGAAAUCACUUGGGGAGCUGAGCGUCAAGAACAACACCGGACUUGUUUCCUUGUAAACUAUGUACAGUACCUGAACAGUUUGUGUUUCAUUUGAAGAUGAAUAUGACAUUUUGAUAUUUGUGUCGCCACUCCCCCUUUCUUUUUGUCUUACCAAUUAAAGAGAGAAGUUUGCCAGUGACAUUAAUGUGUGGGGAAAAAACCUACUUUUCUGGCAGCUUGAAAACAUCUGACCAUUCUGUUACUUUUGCUCUUAUUUCUGUUCUGGUUGGACUGGGGUGCAGAUGUGGACCAUGGUGGCCAACGACACUAGCGGUGGCGAACGACACUAACGGUGGCGAACGACACUAACGGUGGCGAACGACACUAGCGGUGACGAACGACACUAGCGGUGGCGAACGUCACUAACGGUGGCGAACGUCACUAGCGGUGAGCCCGUUGUGGUGCGAUUGGUCCGCUGCUCUGCCCAGAGGCCUCAGUCUCACCCUGCGCUGGGCCCUGGGACGAGGCACCUGUUGCCUGUUCUUUUAUUUGACUUUUUAAAUUGCAGCUCCGUUUAUUUGAGUUAAUUUUGCGUAGUCCUGGUAAGAGUGUAUAGAAAAACGUGCACUGAAAAUGAAAAUGUCCAAAUUGAGUGGAAAUGUUGUAGGUUAUGUAGGCUGAAAGAUCACAAAGUUAAAAAAGAAAAAAGAAUACUACUGUCUGCCGUUCAUGUUCACUGUGUUUUAUACAGUACCCAAAUUCUUUUGUUCACUUUGAACAUUUUUACUCUUAACAUUUGGAAACGUAUUGUGCAAAGAGAUGUAAUUUUUUGGAGUACUUGAAAUGCAUUAAUAAAAAGACUCAGUUGAA